UUUUCGUCUGUCAAAAAAACAACUUCUCCUCUCACGUGACUCCCUGACGUACAGUCCUCCACUCUGCGCUGAUGCAGGGGGGGGUUCCAUCAUGGCGUCGAUGCAGAAAAGGCUACAAAAGGAAUUAUUAGCCCUGCAAAAUGAUCCACCCCCUGGAAUGACGCUCAACGAAAAAAGUGUACAGAACACCAUUACACAGUGGAUUGUAGACAUGGAAGGAGCACCUGGCACACUGUAUGAAGGAGAGAAAUUUCAGCUGCUUUUCAAAUUUAGUAGUCGUUAUCCUUUUGAUUCACCUCAGGUAAUGUUCACGGGAGAGAAUAUACCUGUCCACCCUCAUGUGUAUAGCAACGGUCACAUCUGUCUGUCUAUUCUAACGGAAGAUUGGUCGCCAGCCCUCUCAGUGCAGUCAGUUUGUCUUAGCAUUAUCAGCAUGUUGUCCAGCUGCAAAGAAAAGCGACGACCGCCUGAUAAUUCCUUUUAUGUAAGAACGUGUAACAAAAAUCCAAAGAAGACAAAAUGGUGGUAUCAUGAUGAUACAUGCUAAUGUACAAACUUUGUAAUAAUCGUAGAAGAAAGAAGUCCUACUGACCUACAUAAAGCACUUUUUAAUCAUUCAGUCUUUGAACUCUGACCUUUGACUGGAACAAUGGACACCAUGCGCUGGAGGCUCUUGACUGCAUUUCCCCCCCGUGGGCAGAUGGAUGCAUGUUUUAGUCGGCUGUAAUAUAGAGAAUGAAAAUAAGUGAACGUUUAGAUGCCCCCCGAGAAGGAUCGUUUCUGGCAAAAAGGUAGUAAUGCAGCGAGCAAGCAAGGUGGAUUUGUAGUGAGAUAAUUAUAAUUCCUGUUUUAAGAUAUUAUUGUUACUUUUUUGUUUGUGUAUGGGUGCAUUUUAAGGUCCUUGUGUUGUGCAAUAAUAACUGAUGGAUGCAUGCUUGGGCCUACAAAGAGAAAUCCAAAUCUAAUUGUUUUCUGGAAGGGAUUGGACCAUCAUAACCCCAAGAAAAUGCUUCAUCUGUUUGUUUUUUUUAUUAUUAUUAUUAUUAUAUGCACUGUGAAAGUAUCUAGUUUAAAAAGGCACUAUGAGUACAUUAUUCCCAACUUGCAGUUAUACUGUAAGCAGUCCUCCACUUAUUUAUCAGGUUUUAGUUUGUAACCACUUCAUCAAGCUUACACACAAUUUUCUUCUUCAUCUUCCAACUCGAGACCUGGUUGCAGUUCUUCCUGCUGUUGGACAGAAUGUCGGUACAGGAAUACAACAGAUGCGACUAUAGAUUAAUCAGCUGAUGACCUCAGUGUGCAUCUCCUCGUAAAGUUGGGCUGAACCCAUGUAGUGUUCACUAGUCCAGCCUUGAAGAUGUGCAGCGGCCUCUCUUCCAUUUAAAGAAUGUCUGUAAGAGAACAUUGUCGCAUGCUCCGUUUUUAUUUGUAAGAUACUUUUUUUUUUCUUUUUUUUUUCUUUUUUUUUUUAAAUCUCAUGCUUUAAUCUUCUAAAAUGUUUGAUUUUAAAUGUCGCGUUCUUUUUUGUACUGUUUUUCAACUAGCUGAUACUUUGAAAAGGGGGGUUGUUUUGAUGGGUCAGUAUGUUUUUGAUUGAAUUUUCUUUUUCUUUUUUUUUUCUUUUUGUAUUUGUUAUUUAAUUUAAAUCUUCGUUUCAUCUCCAGAAAGGUAGUGAACGACGAAAAGGAGAGUCUUUCUAGAAGUUGUAAGGACAAGGCUUUUGUGAUUCCCCCUGGUCAGAGUUUUGGCUCAGGUACUUUUUUCAAUAAAGAGAUCACCUCUAAAAAGAUACCUAUCAGAUAUUUUGAAUUUAACUAUAUUUUCACCAAAAGAGACUGUUAUGUUGUAAACUUAUAACAUGUCUGAAACUAUUGUAUAUAAGUCUUUAAAUUGCUGGAUGAUGUGAAAGAAAUUAGCAGAGGAUGCAUUUACUUUAUAGCAGAAUGAUGAUAGGAGUGCUUUAUUUCAUUGGACGUUAGUCUGCAUCUUUUGCUAAUUAGGAUGUGUACAGUCAACAACAAACACUACUGUUGGUUAAAAAAAAAAAAAAAAAAAGUUUAGUAGUUUUACAGUGGGGAUGCAUGCAAUUUUAAACCCUACUUUUUCUUAUUGGCAUCAGAUAUUGUGGCAACUUUUAGUCUUUCCAUAACUUAAGUAAUGGUUUAUGGGCUGGAUAUUACAAACCUCACCUCCAGAGGAUCUCUCUGUCAUUUCAGACUGUAAUCACUCCAUUCCUAAAGAAAUGUUUAUCGCCAUCCAGUCAGAGAUACUUGAAUUUUCCUUCUUGGGUUGUUUGUAUUGCAUUUGCUUUUUCCAGGGUCUAGCUGAGUUUCUUGAAUGAACUUGAGUGAAUGUGAUGAUACUCUAAACUGUAGAGGAGAUUACCACAGCACACUGCUAUCUCAAAACUAUAUUGAUAACUUAAAGUCAUCUAUUUAACCAAUGGUUUUUUAAAUAAUUAUUAGCUUCAUUGUAAUGGUCUUGUCUGCUGUCACUGUGCUGUGAAGAAAAAGCCGGCGGGACUGAACUGAUUGUGUAAAUGCAGUCACAACAGCAUUUGUGCGGGGACAAAAAAAGCCUUCACCCAGUUGGCAGUAGAUCAGUAGAGAUUUGAAAAACUUGCGAGUGAAUAUGUUACAAGGGUUUGGAUGGUUUUUCUUUUUUUGUUUUGUUUUCUUUCCUUUUCAAUGUGGUUUGAACUCUUAGCUUGCAGGUUGUUGUGAGUGAUCAACACUAAUGAGGGUGUGUUUAUUUAUAUUUGAAAAUUUGUUCUGGGAUGUGCAAGCUCCAUAUAAUAGGUGCCUGUUCAUUUUCAUAAUCAAUAAUAAAAGCAAAGAUUCACUUUUA